UGGAUUUGAUUGGAUGAUACUGUGAAGCGACGACCUGUUCAAAGCACCAAUGAACCGCAGGAGGACACCUCGUCGCAUCUCUCACUCACAGAGGAGACAUGCACCUACAGGAGAGUGGAGGCAGAGGAAUCAGGAGCAAUGGCGAGGAGAAGACAGAGGACCAGUGAGACAGGAGGAGGGUGAGAUUCCUGAACAACAGAGGAAAGGGGCAGUGCCCAGAGGGACCUGCCCGACCAUGUGUCCUGCUCAUGAGCUGCAGGCCCGAGAGAAGCAGAAUCGCCUUCACCGUUUUGAGAUGUUAGCAGGAACUGAAAGAUAUAAACGGCCCACUGGUGAUCCCUUACGUGCUGUCAAGGAGUAUUCUAGACCAGCAGCUGGGAAAGAUGCAACAAACCCCAUUGAGCUACGUCCACCUGCAGUCUUGCGGAAAACUGUAUGUUACCUUAUUGAUGAAAUCGCUGCUUCCCCAAACCUGCAUCCUUGGACGGAGGUGUACAGCUUUGUUUUUGAUCGGCUGCGUGGUGUGAAGCAGGACAUGAUCAUCCAGAGGGUGUCUGGUUUGGACUGUGUUUCUAUUUUGGAGAAGACCGUACGUUUCCUCAUCUACGCCUCUUUUCGUCUUUGUGGUGAACCGCUGCGGCUCUAUGACCCACGUAUUAAUGACACACACCUGCAGGAAUAUCUGAGCUGGCUUUUUGAUUGCUAUGCAGUAAGGACAGAAUUGCAUCCCAAUGAGGAAGAGUUUCAAGCUCUUGGUCUUCUGUACAACUUAGGGUCAACUCUUGCAACACAACAUAUCGUGACACUCCCGAAGCAGCUCCGCAGCACUCCUGCUAUCAAGCUUGCACUUUCCAUCAACCGGGCUUUUCUGGAGCGAAACCCUGUACGUUUGCUUCGAUUGACUCAGAAGUUGAACUUCCUGCAGUGUUGUGCUCUCCACCGACACCUGGUGACCUGUCGAAGAGAUCUGCUGCACAUAUUCAGCCAUGGAUACAGCAGCCGCAACUGUCACUUUCCUCUUGACAGGCUAGCCCAGCUCUUGUUCUUAGACAAGUCACUUACAGCCCAGCUCUGUCUGGAUUAUGGAGUGGAGGUUUCCCAAGGCAAUCAUGUGAUUUUCUCAAAGGCUGCUUUCACUGAGCCUGAACAAGGCAAAGUGCGCUGUAAACUGUAUCACAGCAUAGUAGCAGAGAAAAACAAAGACCUCACUGUUGGAAGUAUCAUUAAUGGGUUUUGACUGAGACGAAUGGAAGAUAAUUUUUAAUACAAAUAAUGCUUUUGAUAUUGAAUUUCAUUGUGGAUUUGAUUGUUGACUUCUGUGCCACUAGCAUGGUUUAGGACUUGUCCAACAAUGCUUCUGUGGUGCAGCUAUUUUGUUAUUAAACGGUUCUGUUAUUCUAUUCUUUA